UUCCCCGCCUUCCCCCGGCUCAGGCUGCCCAGGCCAGGGGCCAGCCAGAAGGCGGGUCUGGAACAAAAGAUAUAAGCCGACGCGGGCCCCGGACUGGGUCCCAGCUGCAGAGUCUCCUCUGGAAGAGCCCGGCUGCGAGCAGGAGGAACAGGAGUAGAAAGAAGAGGAGGAGCAGGAGCAGGAGGAGGAGGCGGCCCCGGCGGCGGACCCAGCACGCGCUCGCGGCAGCCCCCGCGCCGCCGCCCCGCACGCUGCGCCCUAGGGUCCCGCGGUCACCCUCUCUAGCUCCUGCCGCAAUGGAAACGGUUCAGGAGCUCAUCCCUCUGGCCAAGGAUUUGGUGGCGCAGAAGCCCACGGGGAAGCUGGUGAAGCUGUACGUGCUGGGCAGUGUACUGGCCCUGUUCGGCGUGGUGCUUGGCCUGGUGGAGACCAUGUGUAGUCCCUUCUCGGCCGCCAGUCGCCUGCGGGACGAGGAAGACGCGGUGGCCGAGCUGCGCGCAGCACUGGAGUGCCAGGCACCCCGCACGCAGGCGGUCCUGGACAAGGGCCGGGGACCGGAGCUGUGUGACCGCGUGCCCUCCUACCGCCAGCACGCCUCCUAGGGACCACCCCUACACACAGGCCGCCUCCCAGGGCGCCCCCUGCUGCCUGGAAGAGCUAGCGUGGCUCUCUGGGAAUUCGCGGAGGUCUCUGCGGACCUGCAACACGGACCCCCCAGGAGGGUCUGGCACUGAGUUUUGCUGCUGUGCAGCGCUGCAUUGUGACAUGUCCAAAAGGUGUAAUUAGGAGCUGCCAAUCCGUCGUUUUGCGCGAGGUAGAACAGCUUUUUAUACUAUUACCAUUACUAUUAUUAUAUUAUUGUUAUUACUACUACAGUGAUCAACAUUUUGCAUUUUGAAAUAAAAAUGCAUUUUAUACUCUA